AUGGAAGAAAACAAAGAAAAUCAAUUGAAUUUGCCCAAAUUAUCAAUCCCUGAGAAUAUACAGGUAUUCCAGGGCAAAUACUAUACGCUGGACGGUGAACAAACACCAAACCCAGAUGGUGCAGCCGAGUUUAAAACCUGUAAAGCGUUAUACUACAAAUCAAAAAAACCAAUCCCUGGGAGAUAA